ACAUUUCUUAUUUGGACCAGUGUAGACAGUAGCAAACCCAGCUCACUUGUUUCCUGGGACAGUUGAGUUAGGGGAUGGCUUUUGCAGAGCACUCACCGCUGACCCCUCACCGCCGGGACCUCUGUAGCCGCUCUAUCUGGCUAGCAAGGAAGAUUCGUUCAGACCUGACUGCUCUUUUGGAAUCUUAUAUGAAGCAUCAGGGCCUGAACGAGAACAUAAACCUGGACUCUGUGGAUGGUGUGCCAUUGGCAAGCACUGAUCAGUGCAGUGAGCUGACUGAGGCGGAGCGACUCCAAGAGAACCUCCAAGCUUACCGUGCCUUCCAUGUUAUGUUGGCCAGGCUUUUAGAAGACCAGCAGGUGCAUUUAACUCCAGCUGAAGGGGAUUUCCAUCAAGCAAUACAUACCAUUCUACUCCAAGUUGCUGCCUUUGCUUACCAGCUGGAGGAACUAAUGAUGUUCCUGGAACACAAGAUCCCCCCCAACGAGGCUGAUGGGAUGCCCAUCAUUGGUGGAGAUGGUGGUCUCUUUGAGAAGAAGCUAUGGGGCCUAAAGGUGUUGCGAGAGCUUUCACAGUGGACAGUGAGGUCCAUCCAUGACCUUCGAGUCAUUUCUCAUCAGACUGGGAUUCCAGUGCAUGGGAGCCAUUAUAUUGCUAAUGACAAGAAAAUAUAACAGUUAUCCCUCCUCUCUCUCCCUCCUUCCUUUUCUAAUGGAAUGUACACAGCCCUGAGGCCUCACUUUCCCAUUCUUAAGUUUUGAAAGGUUGAAAGUUUCUAACCUUGGAGACCAUAGGCAUUUUCAUCAAGUAGGGUUGGAGACAUGGACAAUUGGGCGUGCGUGGGGGGGGGGGGGCAUAAGGGAAUGGGGGCAAGGGCAGCAUCCUUCCACCGUAGUGCUCUAACCUUUUCUACCCACUAAGUUAAGUUUACAAGGAUUUAACAGUCUGACAGGAUAAAUAAUAUGUUUAACUUUAGUCCUAGAUGACUUUUCUGGGAAGAUUGAAGCUUAAUUAAAAAUCCUGGACUCUAGCCAAUUCAAACUCUUGGAUAAUAAAAAUACUAACAUUUAUUGAGUAUCUACUAUAUUGUAGUGGUAUGCCAGGGGCUCUGUGUAUAUUAUAAUCUUCACAACAACCCUGUUGAGGGAGGUAAUGUUAUUCCCAUCUGGCAGAUGAGAAAAAUUGUAACUUGGUCAAGGUUACCCAGCUAGCAAAUGGCACACUUAAGUUUGAACCCAGAUAUUUCUCAUCCCAAAGGCUACGUGUCCUUCACUUCAGAGGCCUGAUUAUGACCCUUUAUCACUGCACCUCUUUGCCACGGGGUUGGAAAAUACAUUCAAGUAUUCUAUCCUCAGCACUGGAAAACAAUCCCCAUUAUAUGUCCUGAUAGGUCAGUGACAUAAUUGUGUUAAAAAGGCAGUAUUUGUUGCCCACGCUUGGCAAAGACGAGAGCAGUAGAGAUGUUAAGAUUCUGUUUGGGGAAAAGAGUAGGCUCACCAGACUUCUGAAAUUAGGAAACUGAGGAUGUGCAGUAAUACAGCCUGCUUUAUAAAGUAUCCACAAAUGUUUUGGGUUAGGCACAGCUCAUAGCAGCCUACCUCACGUUUACUGUGAUCAGCAGUGUAGCGAUACAGGCACUGUAAGCAAGCAUUCAUGGACAAUGGUUGGAAUAGUACUCAGGUUAAAAUGUCACAAACUCCUUUACCACACAUUCUCUGGACUUAGUCAUGAGGAGAGGGUGAGGCCCACUCUGUUCCCCGUGGGAAUGCCAGCGAUUCUGAAACAAUAUAGAGCACAGCUUCCAUGCUUCACAACAGAGGGGCAGGAUGCCCUGUUUAAUGUUCUUGAGAGAAACAGUGUGAAAGACAACUGGUAAAUGUGGGCAUUAAUGGAAAGGUCAUUUGUGGUCAUGCCUGUGAAACUAGUGGUGCAAUGUAAAUUCAAAAGUUCUCAGGUAUAACGUUACUUCACACUACCAAUUAAACCCACCAUCUCGGAUGUGGGACCCAAAUCAAUUUAGUUUAGUUAUUUGAAGCUCCUGUGCUCUUAAGUGAACCAUGAGUCAGAGGGGGCUAGCACACAUAGGUUGCAUGAGAUGGGAUGGGGUGACCUAGCUUGUGUCUUUUUCCCACAAGGGUUUGUGUCCAAAACUCCCCGAGGUCAGUGUUAGGAGGAUUCUGGGUUGGGCACCGUGGCAGAACAGGACAUAAGGCCCUGCUCUGUAGUCUGCAUUUGUGGAAAUGAGCUUGUAUGCGUAGAAAACAUCAAUAAUGGUUGGAAUUGGGAGGGAGGCACAGGUUUAAGUGUUAGGGUGUUAAAAGGAGCUAGCAAGGGCCCGAAAUCCCUUUCUGGAGGAGGGCAGAGUUCAGUUGUGUCUCAGAGGUUGUCUGAGUACCAAAUGAGAAAGAUGUGACUACAAAUUCUUAGUGGGGAAUGACUGAUUACAGACUUGUGGAAUCUGAAAGGAGUGACCCCUCUCCGAGGGUUUGUCCUUAUAUUCAGCAGAUGUGGCAGAGCAGACGUCGGCAGAAGUUUCAAAAGUCAAUGGAACAUGGCUUAAGCCCUGAGUUACAUGUGAAGGAGUAUUUAUAUAUAUAUAUAAGAGGCAUGUUUAAAGUGGCAGAGGGUCCAGAAAAGGUACAAGUACUAACUAUUGAAUGGGAGGAAAUAGGAAGCUAUAGAAGUCUCGAUUAGGUCACAAGCAGCAAGUCUCGAGAAUGUACUCCCAGCGUUGGGCUAAGAGUUCCGUACCAGUUUCUUCUUCAAAAAAACUUGCAAUAUGCCUCAAAAGAAGUAUAGAGAAAAUCCUUAGAAAAGUGUAGAUAAAAUAAGGGAGAAGUGAGCACUUAACUUUAAAAACAAAGUCAUAAACGUGAAUGGAUCUAAAUGUGUAGACUGCAUCAUGCUUAUCUGAAAUGGACAACACCGUGAAGAAGGGACCAACAAUAGGUCCAUGUUCUAGGUGUGUGUCUUAAAUACAGAUAGGAAUAAUGGCAACACUGUGGAAGUAUGGUUUCUUUAAGGAUCCAGAACCGAAAAGAGAUUUUUGGCCUUUAGAUUUUAGUUUCCUUGUUCCUUAGAUCUAUAUAUGGAUCGGAUCUCUGGGGAAUCAUAUUUUUAUAUAUGUGUAAACUAUAUUACAUAAUACAUAAAUAUAAAAUUUAUAUAUAAUGUAUAACAUGUAACUAUAUAGUGAUAUAUAUGUUAUAUGUGUGUGUGUGUGUAAUAAUAAAAAGGCAUGAAUGUAGUUCCUAACCCCUAACUUGUAUUUUGUAAAGAGUAUUCCCACAGCCUGUAGAAGUCCUCUGCGGGAGAGAGAUUCUGUUUUCUUGAAUCUGUUAAGGAAUUGCAUAUAUGAGAGAAGAUAAACUCUUUUUACAUUGAUUUGAGAAGGUGAUUUGGAAAAAAUUUGCAAAUUGGCACAAACUCAUAGGCCAAGCAUCGAAUAAAAUUAGCUUUGAAAUGGGUCUGAGGGAAUUGAGAGUUUUAAUAAAGUCAUAGCCUUGGUAUUGCUGUCAUUCCAGCCUGCUGUGGAUUAAAGCCCAAUGGAUGACUCGUUCUUGUGACCACUGGUCAAACAAGCAGAGGACCAGUAAAUAUUUUAGGGAGACCUAUCUCAGAAGUGGUUUAGAAUGACUGAAUCCUUAGCUCCUCAAGUAGCUGAGCACCUUCUCUAUAUUAAUACUAAGGAGUAAAAUAGAAAUGCAGGAAGCAAAGGGGCUUUCACCAUGAUGAGAAAGGGGCUGGUGAAGAGAAAAGGGGGAAAGAAGGAGUUUGGAUAUUACUUCGAUUGACUUACGUUGUGUGUGCAUGUGGGUUAGUCUCUAGACAGUGUUUAGGCCAGGGCAUUUAAAAAGAAUGGUUUGGCCUCCUGCUUCGUCCCACCCAAGAAUGAACCCUCUGAAUGUUGGUACGUUGAAAAAGUGAAAAUGAUAAAAAUGUCAUCUUUCCAUUCAAAAGUUUCUAUAGAGCUCUAAAGUCUACAGAUAAAGACAGUAAAAAUAUAAUUUGAUCUUUUGGUGAAAUGUGUGUGGGGUGUGCAGUAACAUCCAUGUGCAUGUGAUUCUUACAUUACUUGGAUCCAUCUAUUUUUGGCAGAUAGAAAAUAAAGAUCCAAGAACGGCUAACAAUAAAGAUCUCGCCUCAGCAGGA